GUACACUGUGAAACUAUAAAGUCACUUGUUUUGACAAGCACAAGCACAAGCGCACAGACAGGACCGACAAUGUCUUUCGAUCUCUCAGCAGCUGUGGGUACGGAUGAAGAGGUGAAGAAGGAGGAAGCUCAGAAGGAUGAGUUUAACUGGCCCUGGAAAAAGGACAAGGAUAAGGAUGGUAAAGACACAUCUGGCAGUAAGGACAAGUCUGACAAGAAGCAUAAAUCUGACGAUAAGGACAAGUCUGACAAGCAUAAAUCUGACAAAAAGGACAAGUCAGAUAAGGACAAAUCAGAGCACAAAGAUGGUGAAGAGCUCAAGAAGAAGGGAAAGAAGAAAAAGCAUCACAAGGAGCACAAGGAGCACAAGGAAGGACACAAAUCAGGCAGCUCAUCCUCCUCCUCCUCGUCAUCUUCAUCCAGCAGUGAUGAGAACUGAUGCUUCCUGCGGGACCGGCCUGCUCUGUUCGUUGGUCUCUUAUGAGCUUGUUAAGUGUGCAGAAGCACCAACCUCCC